UUUGUUUUAAAAAGGGAAUAUUAGAACAAUGCUAAAAUAUAUUUUCAGUGCACGCUUACCGGAAUGUGUAUUCAUAGUUUAGGAGUCCUAUAAGUAAACAUUAGUUAACAUUUUCUAUAAACAUUAAGAUUAAUGCUUCACGCAUGUGUCUACUUUGCCAUUUGAAAUAAAUGCAAUUUAUUAAAAAGCAAAAAAAAAAUCACAUUCACCCUAGUCCACUCUUAUGAAGUCCCGCAAAUGCACUUUUCAAUCAACUUGCAGCCUGCAAUCAGAGAGUGCACUAUGGACUCCAUCGAGCACACCGUUCGCUUCACUGUAUUGGUAAAAUUCAGUAGCUGUCGCUAGUUGAAUAAUCAGCUCUUUUAUCUUUAGCUUCCACCUCGGCCUACUACACUGCCGGCGGAUUAACGCCAACACACAUCAUCACAGCAAGCAUUAUCGCGUAUCGUUAAAGAUGGGCGGAGUCAAUCCACCGUGUAUUGCUGCUGCUGAUGCAUUUAUGCUUUCGCCAAGCCACUCCCAUCGCCGCACACCGUCAAAACCGGUUCCCAUUGUACCACCACGCUGACAGCGUUCGCUCGAAUAUCCUCACCCGGGGCUCAACAGUUGAUUGGUCCGCGCCGUCGUCAGUGUUGGUUGUCGCGAUCCACCACGACACGAACAGGUUUCUGGCCGGAGAAUUCCCAACCUAAAGCAAACAGCUCGAAAUUCUUCUGUUUCAGUUGAUUUUUCGGUUUUGAUACGCGCGCGUUCCUCAAGCACGCUGUGUGUCUCUGUGCAAGCAUUGCGUACUGCUUACGUGAAGGUGCGUAGCCGAGAGUGCAAUCAUAUUGCGCCGUUGUUGCGGUCGUUGUUUUUGUUGAUGCGAUGUAUUGCGUCAGCGUCGGUAUUGCGAAAGACUGAUGCGAAGUGCUUUUCGCGACGGUUUUGUGUUGGAUGCAAAGUUACGGACUGCCGGAAAUAGGGUUUCGGGAUAACAUGUGCUUCGGGCUCCUGUAGAAACUGGUGACACUGGAAGCGGAAUAGUGCUACGGUGCAAGGAAAUUGCAGUGAAGAAAACUCGUGAAAAAUUUGACCAUAAAACAAAACUUCUGCUCCAGGUCGAGUUGAGUGAUUGAUAGUGUGUUUGACAUUGAGUCACUUCGGGCUACCUCAGAGGUGAUAAAGUACAAGCUCUAGAAAUUUUCCAGCAAACGUUCGCGCGCACUCCCCUGAAGUGUCUCUCCAUCGUAUGUCGGAACGUAAAACCAGUGAUUUAUGAUUUCUGUAACUUCAGCUCAGUGAAGCUGGAACCUCGAGCAAGUGAGUGCGCUGAUCUGGAAGCCAGAAGAACGCCUUCCCCCCAAAAAAAGUGUUUAAAUUAAUCAUUUCUUAUUAGGCGAAACAAAAAGUCCUACCAGUGCUUCAUUAAUCAAGAAAAGAAAUAAUAUAGAGUUGUGAGAACACGCGUGAUUCGCUCGCUGCAUUUUAGUGAACCCGUCAGACAGAAGGCGAGCAGCGUCAAGAAAAACGAGCAGAAAUUAACGAACCGACGCCGAGAACCCUGCCUCUUGCUUGCCAUCGUAUGUCCGCAGAAGCCGCAGUUGGUAGUGAUGGGAGAACAUGAAGAAGCGAUUUAAAAUUUAAAAUCAGAACUCGUUUUUCAAACUCUCGGCCCUGCACUAUAUUUGCUUUAUGGAUCGUCAGUGUGUCUUUACGGCUGCCCGCCAGCAGCUUUAUGAGUAGUGUGCAGAAAAGUGUGAAUAAAUAAAACUGCCAACAACGUCACUCUGUGGAAGGCGUGAUUUGAGUGAUUUGAAGCGGGAGAGACCCAGAAUCGGUGACAGCUGUGUUCGGUUGGGAACGGAAAAAAAGUGUGACCGGUGAGUGUGAGGGUCUCCCAGGACUCUAGGUCUCAGUAGUGUAGUGGUAGUGUCCACGUGAGAGAAAGGGUGUGCCAGCCCCCUGCAACCAACUGAAGCUUAGCAGGCUCAGUUCGGUUGCUCGGUUCCGUUCGGAUCGCGACAAUGGCAGUGUCCUGCCCGGAAGUUAUGUACGGAGCAUACUACCCUUACCUGUACGGCCGCGCCGGACCCAGUCGACCCUUCUACCAGUAUGAGCGGUUCAACCAGGACCUGUACCCAUCGACGGGCGUCCCGCUGGCAGCGUCCUCCAGCACGUCAGCCGGAUCCCACUCGCCCUGCAGCCCCUUGCUUCCUCCUUCGCUAUCAUCGAACGUAGCAGCAGCGGCAGCAGCCCAGACCUCAGCCCUUUCCUCUUCCACCUCGAACACAACGAUACCAACGAUACCACUGGGCGCACUCCAGAGGCACAUAACCAAAGAGGAAGACAUCAGCACGGCACGAAGUGAUAACGAGGGAACCAUCCCGGGAGCGCACAAUGACAGUUCCUGUUCGUCUGGUCCCGAGUCGCCCAACAAUCUGCACCACCAGGACGGCAGCGGGGGUGGAGCGUCAGGCGGUGCCAGUGGGGCGACGGGUGGCAGCAGUAGUGGCGAGACCUCCGGUGGUGGCGGUGGCGGAGGCCGAGCCCAGUACGUGUCCGCCACGUGUGUAGUAUUUACCCAUUAUUCCGGUGAUGCGGCCAGCGUGGUGGACGAGCACUUUUCUAGGGCGUUAAAUUUUAGCGAUAAAAAUAAUAAAGGUUACAGUUCCAUGUCGAGUAGAAAUUUCCCUCCCUCUUUCUGGAAUAGCAACUACGUGCAUCCUACACCAGCGCCUACACACCAUCAGGUUUCUGAUCUCUACUCGACCGACGGAGGCUAUUCGACGGACCCGUGGCAUGCGGCCCACUACGGUUCGUACGCCCAUGCUGCCCACGCACAUGCAGCACAUGCGCACGCCUACCACCACAACAUGGCGCAGUACGGCAGCUUAUUGAGGUUACCCCAGCAGUACGGGCACACGUCGAGGUUACACCACGAGCAGCAGGCAGCACAUGCACUGGAAAGUGCAGCAGCGUAUUCUAGUUAUCCCACGAUGGCAGGUCUCGAAGCCCAAGUUCAGGAAUCAUCCAAGGAUUUGUACUGGUUUUAGAUAGUUAGACGAAUUUCUCCCGUGAAGGCGUUAUUGGAUCGAAUCAGGAUCACACAGCGGACGAUUCUCCUCCCUUCUGCGACUGGUGAGCAGAGCAGCACUACAAAGAACGAUCCACACUGCAUCACUAAAUCAAAGGAGCACUCAAAAAUUUGGAAGGCGUGAAUCUGCAUAAAUCAAAAGACAAACUAAACUAAACGAAUGGCAAAAAGCACUUGAAAGUGAUUUUAGUGAUAUUGUAAUCUAAUUUAUCUAAUCGUACUCUUUGUUCAAAUCUAGUUUAAGUAAGGCACCAUCAACAGAACUUUUGUUCGGAGGCACGGAACCUCGUUUAAAUUUGCACGCUCUAGACAGCAAGACCAUAAACGAUUCAUGUAAAACCGUACUUCUUUUCGUUUUCAAACCUAUCUCUUUCUCAACGUUACAACAUGUAUCAUAUAUCUAGUAAGAAUGUUGUUUGGCGAAAAUUGAUAGAUCAAAAUCAGGCAGCGAGUACACAAAUACGUUAUAGUCAGGCCACAAUCCAGUUCGUACACGACAUCACCCAUAUACAAUAGUAACCAGCAGUUAAGUAAGUGU